AUGAGCACAACUUCAGUCAAGACUAAAGAAGCAAUCCAAAAGAGUGUAAAACCCCAACUGCAAACGCAACUGCGUAAAGUCGUGUUUAAUAUUUCACAUAAUUUCAAAGUCCUCAAGAUUAUAGGAGAAGGAGCUUACGGGAUAGUUGCGUUGGCUGUGCAUUUACCCACAAACACCAAAGUAGCAAUAAAAAAGAUUGAACCGUUUGAACGGCCCUUAUUUUGUCUCAGGACUCUUCGUGAAAUUAAGUUGUUGCAAAAGUUCAACUCACACGAAAACUUAAUCAAGUUGUAUGAUGUUCAAAGGCCAACAAAUUUUAACUCAUUCAAUGAAAUUUAUUUGAUACAGGAGUACAUGCCUGGAGACUUGCACCAGAUUAUUCAGACCCAUGUAUUGAGUGACCAACAUGUACAGUUUUUCAUCUAUCAAAUAUUGAAAGCAUUGAAGUUGAUUCACAGUGCCAAUGUAAUACACCGAGACUUAAAGCCGUCAAACAUAUUGGUUAACGAAAACUGUGAUUUAAAAAUCUGUGAUUUUGGCUUAGCCAGACUUGAUUCGGUUGGGAUGCGUACCAAUAAGAUUUCAUCAUUGACAGAAUAUGUUGCCACCAGAUGGUAUCGUGCACCUGAAAUUAUACUCAAUGCCUCACAUUACUCAACUGCGAUAGACAUGUGGUCAGUUGGAUGCAUAUUGUUUGAGUUGUUGACUUACAAGGCCGUGUUUCCAGGAUCAGACUACAUGAACCAAUUAACCUUGAUCUUUGAAUUGUUGGGCACACCCUCGGAAGAAGAUAUGGAAGUAAUUAGAUCCAAAAGAGCCAAGUUAUUUAUCAAGUCUUUACCAGUCAGGUCACGAAUCAACUUUCACACUUUCUGUUCGAACCACCCGUGUAGGCGAAUCAGGCAUCAAAAUCGAGACUUGGAGGUGAACCCACUGGCUAUUGAUUUAUUAGAGAAAAUUUUGGUGUUUGAUCCUAGCAAAAGAUUAACAGCAAAAGAAGCGUUGAAACACCCCUAUUUGAGUAGCUAUCACGAUCCAUUAGAUGAACCGCUGACUUCACCUAUACCCAUGGAGGAGUUUGCAUUUGAUGUUGAAAAAAAGGAUUUGGAUGUUGGCGACCUAAAGAGAUUAAUUUACAACCAAAUCGUGUCAAAUAAAAACUCUAAUAGUUGA